GUUUUUAUGGGGCUUCGAAUUGGUGGCUUUGGUUUAAAAAGAGACCUGUAAUAGCUUCUACUUCAGCAGCCUUGUUCUUGAUGCUUAUAGUGGUUGCAGCCUUUCUCUUGUCUUUUGGCAUAAACACUUCUAAGCUUUCUAUUGACAACUUCAUUUACCAAACUGCAAUAACCAUCCAAAAGGAUCAAAACCCACCUAGAAGAGUUGAAUUCCCACUUAAUUGUACCUAUUUCACUAACCAAACCAAAUUCUGUCCAACAAACUACCCUGCAAGUUUUGAGAGUGAGAGUGUUGAUCAAGUUGACCAAUCAUCCAAUCCCGUGUGCCCGGACUAUUUCCGAUGGAUCCACGAGGAUCUACGACCAUGGAAAGCCACCGGAAUCACAAGGGACAUGGUGGAGAGGGCAAAUAGCACAGCACACUUCAGGCUGGUGGUUGUUAAAGGAAAGGCUUAUGUUGAGAAGUACAAGAAGUCAAUACAGUCCAGGGAUCUUUUCACCAUAUGGGGGAUAUUGCAGCUCCUCAGGAGGUACCCUGGGAAAAUACCUGACUUGGAGCUCAUGUUUGACUGCGAUGACCGGCCGGUUGUUAAAACAAGAGCCUACACUGGACCAAACAUGACGCAGGAUCCUCCUCCGCUCUUUCGGUACUGCGGUGAUAGGUGGACAAUGGAUAUUGUGUUCCCUGAUUGGUCCUUCUGGGGUUGGGCUGAGAUAAAUAUAAAGCCAUGGGAGAGUUUGCUGAAAGAAAUAAAACAAGGAAAUGAAAAUAUCAAAUGGAUGGAAAGAGAACCAUUUGCAUAUUGGAAGGGAAAUCCUCAUGUAGCAGACGGCAGAAGAGAUCUUCUUAAAUGCAAUGUCUCUGAGACACAGGACUGGAAUGCUCGUCUAUUUAUCCAGGACUGGAUCCUGGAAUAUCAGCAAGGAUACAAGCAUUCAAACGUAGCAAAUCAGUGUACACACAGAUACAAGAUCUACAUUGAAGGGUGGGCGUGGUCGGUUAGUGAAAAGUACAUUCUUUCCUGUGAUUCAGUAACAUUGCUAGUAAAACCACGAUAUUACGAUUUCUUCACGAGAAGUCUCCAACCGUUACGCCAUUACUGGCCUAUAAGGGAUAAUGACAAGUGCAGAUCCAUCAAGUUCGCGGUAGACUGGGGAAACAACAACAAAGAAAAGGCACAAGCCAUUGGAAAAGCAGCAAGUGACUUAAUUCAAGAAGAGGUGAAGAUGGAUUAUGUGUAUGAUUACAUGUUUCAUCUGCUGAUCGAGUAUUCGAAGCUCUUGAAAUUCGAGCCUACGGUACCUGAAGGAGCUGUCGAGCUGUGCGCGGAGACCGUGGCUUGUCCUGCGGAAGGGCAAGAGAAGAAGUUCAUGAAUGAGUCCUUAGUCAAAAGCCCUGCUGUUACAACACCAUGCACUAUGCCUCAUCCGUAUGAACCCCAAGUUCUUAAAAGUAUUCAUAUUUCGAAUCUAAAGUCAAUUAGGAAAGUGGAAAAGUGGGAAAAUGAGCAUUGGGAAAAAAUGAGUAAGAAGCAACAAGGAUAA